AGCAUGUGAAGUCCUAUUUGGCACUCACUCUCAGUAACUGUGGAACUGCUCUAUGGUGCAGCUUACAUCUAUAAAAUUUAGUCAUGGACAAAGUGGAACCACACCUUGAUGUGACAGUAGAUGAGAAUAAAAUUGUUGAUGGUGCCAAGGAGAUAAUUAAAAGAAUCAGACCCACCUGGCCAUUAGACAAUCUACAAUUUAAGAUAUUUACUGACGGGAUUACAAACAAACUCAUAGGAGUAUGGUAUUCUGGACACCAUAAUGAAAUGGUUUUGGUCAGGGUUUAUGGGCACAAAACAGAUCUGCUCAUUAAUCGUAAAGAUGAAACAAGAAAUAUUCGAAUACUAAAUAAGGCAGGCUUCACACAUUCCAUUUAUGCAACAUUUAAUAAUGGUUUAGCUUACCAAUUUAUCGAAGGUGUUACACUUACAACAGAAAUGGUAAGAAAACCCGAAGUAUAUACUUUAAUUGCUAAACGAAUGGCACAAAUGCAUAAACUUAAACCUGACAGCGAUCAGAUACCCAAAGAAGCAUGUAUAUGGAACAAGGUGGAAAAAUUUAUGAAAAUUAUGCCUAAAGAAUUUUUUGAUGAUUCCAAACAAGCAAGAUUUGAAGUACUCGUAAAACCAUUUACUGUAUUGAAACAGAAUUAUGAACAAUUAAAGGAAACACUUACAGAUUUGAAUAGUGAAAUAGUGUUUGCCCAUAAUGACUUACUUCUAGCAAAUGUGCUUUACAAUCAAAAAGAGAACAUUGUUACUUUUAUUGAUUUUGAAUAUACUGCCUAUAAUUAUCAAGCUUUUGAUAUAGCCAAUCAUUUUGCAGAAUUUGCUGGUGUUGAGAAUCCUGAUUAUUCGUUGUACCCUAAUGAAGAAUUACAAAAAGCUUGGUUAAGUAUAUAUCUUCAGGAGUACAAUAAUGUAAACUAUGUACCUGAAAAUGAAAUUAAUUUACUGUAUGUGCAAGUAAAUAAAUUUGUCCUUUUGUCACACUUCUUUUGGGGUUGUUGGGGACUUAUACAAAGUGAACACUCAACAAUUGAAUUUGAUUUUUUAGAGUAUGCAGUAAUUCGAUUUAAUGAAUAUUUCAAGCGGAAAGAAGACUUCUUACACGUAACAUUAUAA